CCUAGAUAACGUUUCUUACCUAUCUAUACAAAUCGCCGUCUUGUCUGAUCUGCGGAGCAAGCUGUAGCCCGCUGGACAGUGUCUAAAGGGCAAGAGGGCGAUGUUCGAGUCCCCGGACACUGGGGAAGAGAUGGCUCCUACCCACAAGAUUUCCUUCUCCAUCAUAGAUAUACUCGAUCCUCAAAAAUUCACAGGCAGAUCCCAGCCGUUUGAGCUGCAACAGAAUGGACCAAAUGAAAGCAGUGAAUUGCCGGUGCCCUGCAGUGGAGAACAGAAUUGGAAGGGGACAGGUGCAAAACUAAGUGCUGAAAAGAACAGCAACCAAAUCGGCACUGAUUCUGAUGGAAGUGAUUGGGAGCAAGAUACACAUUCCAAUGCUAAUACAUCAAAAAAGUCUCCGGAAACUUGUGGAAACUUUCAAUCAUUUAAAGACAAUAAAAUUUCAACGCAAGCUGAAUUUGACAAAGACCAUACUGCCUCUACUGAAUUGGAAACCAGAGCUGAACAUACCGCAACAAGACAAAAACGCCGUCGUGUUGAACCAGGCUGUGCCAAACCAAGACGAGCUAGAACUGCCUUCACUUAUGAGCAACUAGUGGCUUUGGAGAAUAAAUUCCGUUCAACUCGAUACCUAUCGGUUUGUGAGCGUCUCAAUCUUGCCCUGGCCCUCAGCCUUACAGAAACACAGGUAAAAAUUUGGUUUCAAAACAGACGCACCAAGUGGAAAAAACAGAACCCUGGGGCAGACACCACUAUGCAGCCUGGAUCUACUAGCCUGUCUCGAGUCAGCCCAAGCCCUCCGGGACCAAGUGUUCUCAACUUCCCAACUUUUCAGACUUAUGCUGCAGGAAACGUCAUUUGCCAGGCAGCAACCCCAGUCCCUUUAAUAUCAUCUGCAGCAGGGUUGAUGUCUCCUUUCCUGAGUUCUGCCUACCUAACACCCUUUUAUGCUCCACAUUUGUGAAAACGGUGCCAUUUAUUUCUUUCAAAUAAUAAGAACUGUUGUGCAGUAGACUGACAACCAGCUUUUUCCUUAGGCUGCCAUUUUUCUAUAACACCUCGUGUGCUUCUUUUUAAUGAUUCAAUGGUAUUGUAAGCAGCAACAUCACCACUUCUAAGGGACCAAUUGGUUGUAAUAGUGAACAGCUCAGAAUCUGUCUUCAACAGUCAGUCUGAUUCAAUUGUUUUACAGUGACAAUUAUGAAAGUCUCAGAGGAGGUAUUAGACAAAUACUACUGUUCUCUCAAAGGGAGAAUGAAUAAAUCCAUCAGGGUCAGGUCCACACAGACCAUAACGUCUGAUAUAUUCUUGUGGAACAUUAUCUGUUUAAGAUUCUAAUUCUAUAAUUACAAAGCUAAGAAUUUAUUUGUGUUGUUAGCUACUGAAAAGGGCACGAACUACUUGAAGUAGUUAAACUCCACCUUGUAGAUACAUACUGUUACGCAUAGUAAGUUAUUUCAGUUUCUUGGGACCAGUGCUAACAGCAGAAAUUACAGGAACCUAUGCUGACUGUCUUGUUCUCAAAUUGAAUGAGAACUCAUUGCAAAUUCCUUAGAGGUUUAAUACAGUAUAUGAUUUUUAAAAAGAUGAAUUACUGAAACAUAGAGAUGUUUAUGGACAUUCUGCAAGGUUGUUUUUGCAUGGACGUUGUCUGAACCCAAUAAGAAAAUUAUGUAGACUUUAGCUGACCAAAAAAUGAUGAGAAGUCACUCGGAUUAGAUUAAAACGUAUAUUUGAAUAUAAUGUAACAGCAGUCUUCAGAGCACCAUGAAAAAAAAAAUCUGUCUUCAAUCCAUUAUAGGUGAACAAAAAGAUUUGGAAUUUUUGUCCAGACAUUAGCAAACUUAUUUGCAGAAUUCUCGUAGUUAUGGAUAUUUGGAUUCCAAAUUCUUGAUCCCCAGUGCUUCUCAUUCCCCACUCCAUUAUUGAUCUUUCACUUUAGUUAAAUAUUUGUUGAUUAUUUAAGCUGACAUUACAAUUCAGAUAAGCUUUGUGAUAAUCCACAAGAUAAAAUGGCUAAAACUUGGCAAACCAUGAACUUUGCAAAAUUAUUGUUACUGAAUUUUUCAGGUAGGUUUUACCAUUAUUUAAUUUCAGUUUUCUGGUACAUAUACAGUCUCUCCAAACCAACUGUCUAAACCCCAAGAAUUAGACUCUCUUUCUAAUAUGCUAAUCUAUUUUUCCAGCAUGACUGAAUUAAAAAUAACAUACCUGGACAAUUCAGCUAGAUGCUGCAUUUUAUUGUGUGCUUUGUCCCUAACAUUAAUGUAUAACUGUAUUUCAAGUGACCCUUAACCCCAUCUAACCCAGAAUCCACCUAAACUGCCCAUGGCCCAAAUAAC